UUUUCAAAGGGCCUACAUGUCGCACCAGUCAAGCUUGGACUCCUAGUCUCAGUUUCAGGUUGCACAACGGGGAUUUUGUUUUCUCCCAUGAGUCGCUACCUGAACGAAGUGCCCGUGUGCGGCUCACACACUGUGGCCCUGAAUCAGGCGUGCUUGAAUCUGGUGCGAUGGCCGUCCAUGUUCGAGUUCUGGGCCCAAAGCACGGAAUGUGUGGCGUGUCCUUUUUGGCACUUGACCAACCCUCGGGAUCGCACCCCCUUUCAGAGCCUGUUGGUGAACACCUCAUGGCCGACACAAAUUCGAGUUCAGGCCCAAAGCCAAGUGAUUUGCGAGAAAACGAUCCAUUUUGGGGAAUUCGGCGAGUACGUUUUAACCGUUGAUGAUCAUGGAUGUCACUGGGAAACCGUCCGCCAGCCGGUCAACGCCCUCAUCCCGCUGUACACGGCCUUAGGGACCCUUGUGCUGGCCAAAUUGAUCUGGAGCCUUUUUCGCCGAUUGUAUCGCCAUCGACGGAUCCGAUUGAUCUGCUUGAGUCUUGGCGGCAGACCCACCUCUCUGGUGGAGGAGGAUCUGGGCGAUGACUCACAGUUGAUCACGCCCUCGGAAGAGGCCGACCUACAGAUGGCUGCCUCUGUUUCUCUGAUUCAGCCUUUGGAAGCGCGUCGACGUAAGCCUCGUUUGCGGUCCUUGGAUGCUUUCCGAGGUUUGGCCAUCGUGAUUAUGAUCUUUGUCAAUUAUGGGGGAGGGCAUUAUUGGUUCUUUCAUCAUUCGCCGUGGAACGGACUUACCGUGGCGGACCUGGUCUUUCCCUGGUUUAUGUGGAUCAUGGGCGUUUCCAUUUCGUUAUCCACGCGCUCCAUGCUGAGAAAUUCCUUGCCUCGUCAAACCAUUUUAUUCCGCAUCUUCAAGCGAUCCUUGGCUCUGUUUCUGAUUGGGAUAUUCUUGAACUCUGACGGGCACAAUGACUUCCGCACCCUCCGAAUUCCGGGCGUCCUGCAGCGCUUCGCCAUAGCCUACAUGAUAGUGGCUGUGUUGGAGGCCUUCUUAAUGCCGCGUGAGGACGCUCAAGUCACGGGAUGGCGUUAUCAUUUCAAAGAUCUGACCUCCGCCUAUGGGCAGUGGAUCAUAAUGUCAUGUAUUCUAGCCGCUCAUACGGCCAUCGUUUUUUUGCUUCCUGUUCCGGGAUGUCCCACUGGUUAUUUCGGGCCAGGUGGAUUGCACGAUCAAGCCCAAUACUAUAACUGCACCGGGGGAGCCACGGGCUACAUCGAUCGCUUGAUAUUCGGCCCCGAACACAUGUAUCGUCACCCAACAGCCUGGAAGAUUUACUCAACUACGGUUCCUUUUGACCCCGAGGGUCUCUUGGGUUGCCUCUCCUCCGCUUUUCUAGUCUUUCUUGGAACCGUAUGUGGAAGGAUUAUCAUUCAUUUCUCUAGCAAUCACAGCCGAAUGGUCCGAUGGAUGGUGUGGACUUUGGUAUUGGGUGCGAUAGCGGGUUGUCUCUGCAAUUGGUCCAGGGAGAAUGGCGUAAUACCGGUGAAUAAGAACUUGUGGUCCCUCUCUUUCAUCUUGGGAUUGGGAGCCAUGACAUUCGCCACCCUGACCUGCAUGUAUUGGUUGAUUGAUGUCUUAUGUUGGUGGAGCGGAAGCCCCUUUCAUUAUCCAGGCAUGAAUGCGAUUCUCUUAUACGUUGGACACGAGGUGUGUAAAGGCUACUUUCCCUUCAGCUGGAAAUCCUUCUCGAUAACACACACUGAGAUGUUACUUAUGAAUAUUUGGGCAGUUUCCGUUUGGGUCAUGCUGUCAUUUAUCUUGUAUCGACUUAAAUUUUUCAUCACCGUAUGAUUGGACUCGUAUGCGGCGAGAUGGAGGAAAAACAAAUAAAGAUGAACAACAUGUUAA